AUGUCCUUGCCACCACCUCCAGGUCUAAGCAAACCUUCUUCACUACCACCACGUCCGCCGUCGUCGUUCAAGCCAGCUUAUUCAUCCGCUCCUUCCUAUUCAUCACCUGGCACUACUACGACUGCCACUCCGAGCCAUGGAGCGAGAGCAUCGCCAGCGACGACAGGUUAUAGUGCUUUCACUGCCUUUGCACCUCGCGCAGUAGCUUCGGCUCAGCCAUAUCGAAGCAAUAGUCCUGCUGUUGCGGCCGUUUCACAACCUACAACAGCAUAUCAAGGCCCCGCAGUACCUGGCUAUUCAGCGCCGACGUACCAGAACCCACAACAAUCUUAUCAAGCCGGUGCGCAGUCAUACUACGGGCAACAACCGGGAUACGGUGAUAGUCAAUAUGGCGCCUCUCCCAUUCCCCAAAUCGCAAACCCGUUUCCGGUACCGGGUCAGGAGCGCAAGGGCUAUGGACGGGAUAGCGGCAUGGAUCCGGAAAUGGAAGCCCAAAUUGCGCAAUGGCAGAGUGCAUACAUGACGAAUCCAAAUGAAGAUAGUCCGGCGACUAUAACACAGGCCAAAGCUGCGGGCCGCCCUGGAGCGUCUGCUCCCAGCUCGACAAAUUCUGGUACACCUACAUACAGCGCGUCUGCCUCACAUACACCUGUUCCUAGAGCUGGGGGUGAGUCCGAAUCCAAGACAGUCAUUCGUUCGGGAGGCGGCCAGACUUGGUCAGAUCCUACAUUACUGGAAUGGGACCCUGCGCAUUUCCGACUAUUUGUUGGUAACCUUGCGGGCGAGGUUACAGACGACUCCUUGAAAAAGGCAUUUUCCAGAUACCCAUCGAUUCAAAAGGCGCGCGUGAUUCGCGACAAACGCACCGAAAAAAGCAAAGGAUACGGGUUUGUCAGUUUCAGCGACGGCGAUGAUUAUUUCAAAGCAGCGCGAGAGAUGCAGGGUAAAUACAUCGGCUCGCAUCCUGUUCUUCUGCGACGGGCCAUGACAGAAGUGCGCCCUGUGCAGGAUAAGAGAGAUAAGAAGGGGAAGAAGAAUGGGCAUGGAGGAGGGGGAGGAAAUAAGAACUCUCCACAUGGUACAGUGGGUGGUGGGAAGCACAAGGGCGAUGGUGUGAAGAAGCAGGGUUAUACCAGAGUGGAUUAA